GUGGGGGCGGCGGGGACGAGAAGCGGGCCACCGCUCCGGCCCUGCCCUGUUUCUGCCCUGCCUGUGUCCUCGCUUUUGUUCUUGUCGCUAUCACUCUGCCCCAGUCCCUGUCCCCAUCCUGUCCCUGUCUGCAUCCUGUCCCCGUCAUUGCCUCUGCCCAGCCUACAGACUCGCCAGAGGGGCUGCGGGUGGGGUUCUCCCCACGCGGUCCGCGGGAUGCGGGCGGGAGAGAGGAGGCUUUGGGGGAGGGCACGGCGGUAGGACCCCCGUCCCUGAGGAAUCUGGAAAGGAGUGAGGGGUCUGUCCCCUCCUGUCGGGCGGGACAGAAGAUGGCUCUGGCCCAGGACCGGACGGCGGGAAGCAGGAGGAAGGCGAGGAGGGUGUCAAUGCGGCUCCUCCCCGCCCCCUCGCCCAGGAAGGAGAGGAGACCCGGCGGCUGCUUCCGUGGCUUUGCUUGUCGUUUGCGCGCCUUCUGGCUCCUGCACAGGCCUCGUUGUCUCCUCCGUUUACCUGGAAAUAGCAGCCGGCGGAAGCAGCCAGUGAGGAAACUGAGGCCGGGCGUGGUUCCGGACCACUCUGUGAGGAGCAGAGGGAGGCAGCGCUGCCCACCCCUCCCAUGCCCCUGGAGGGGAGAGACUAGCACUUCUCACAGGAGACAGACAGAGUCCCCUGUUGCCCGCUCCUCGGGGGCUGUGAUGACUGAGUCCAACCUCCUCUUCACCUGUGAUGUUCAGGACCGAGACGGGAACAGAGCUGACCCCACACCUGGCAUCUUCUACUGCAUCUCAUCGAUCUUCCCAAACAGCCAUCCUCUCCCGGGAGUUGGAAGGCUGCACCUUCCCUUCCUCCCAGCCCUGCCUCCUUCUGCAGAGCGGAGCUCAAUAGAACUUUGUUGUUUUGCCUUUUACUCUGCGGGGAGAGAAGCAGACGAUGAGGAGAAAAUAAUGAAUGUCAAAGGAAAAGUGAUUCUGUCAAUGCUGGUUGUCUCCACUGUGAUUGUUGUGUUUUGGGAAUAUAUCCACAGCCCAGAAGGCUCUUUCUUGUGGAUAUAUCAUUCAAAAGGAGAAAACCAAGAUUCAGAGAGGGAAAAGGUCCCAUCACGGUCGUACUACCGAAACCCAGAAGUUGGUAACAGCAUAAGUCAGAAGCACUGGUGGUUUCCGAGCUGGUUUAACAAUGGGACCCACAUUUACCAAGAAGUGGAGGACACAGAUGAAGAUGGACGAGAGGAAAACAACGGAGAGCUUCAGCUAUCAGACUGGUUUAACCCACAGAAACGUCCAGAGGUGGUGACGGUGACCGGAUGGAAGGCACCGGUCGUGUGGGAAGGCACUUACAACAGCACCGUCCUAGAAAAUUAUUAUGCCAAACAGAAAAUUACCGUGGGUUUGACAGUUUUUGCUGUUGGAAGAUACAUUGAGCAUUACUUGGAGGAGUUCUUAGUAUCUGCCAAUAGGUACUUCAUGGUUGGCCACAAAGUCAUAUUUUACAUCAUGGUGGACGACGUCUCCAGGAUGCCCUUGAUAGAGCUGGGUCCUCUGCGUUCCUUCAAAGUGUUUGAGAUCAAGCCUGAGAAGAGGUGGCAGGACAUCAGCAUGAUGCGUAUGAAAACCAUUGGGGAGCACAUUGUGGCCCACAUCCAACAUGAAGUGGACUUCCUCUUCUGCAUGGACGUGGACCAGGUCUUCCAAGAUAGCUUUGGAGUGGAGACGCUCGGCCACUCGGUGGCUCAGCUGCAGGCCUGGUGGUACAAGGCAGACCCCGAUGAGUUUACCUACGAGAGGCGGAAGGAGUCUGCAGCCUACAUUCCAUUCGGCCAAGGGGAUUUUUAUUACCACGCAGCUAUCUUUGGAGGCACACCCAUUCAGGUCUUAAACAUCACCCAGGAGUGCUUCAAGGGAAUCCUCCAGGACAAGAAAAAUGACAUAGAAGCCGAGUGGCAUGAUGAAAGCCACCUAAAUAAGUAUUUCCUUCUCAACAAACCCACUAAAAUCUUAUCCCCAGAAUACUGCUGGGAUUAUCACAUAGGCCUGCCUUCAGAUAUUAAGACUGUCAAGAUAUCUUGGCAGACAAAAGAGUAUAAUUUGGUUAGAAAUAAUAUCUGACUUUAAACUGUGCUGGUAGGCUUCUGAAUUUGAGAGAGUAUGAUUCUGGCAACUUUCUCAGAAGAGUAACACUUAACUUUUAAACAAUACUAACAAAACACCAACACUGCAAAUACUUACUCUUCUUCCUUGUAACUUUGAACUUCACUGUAUGGGAGAAUGAACCUAUGGUAAUCAGGUGUAAAUUCCCAGUGAUUUCUUAUUUAUGCUGGGUUUGGGGGAAAUAAAAAAAAAAAAUUUUUUUUUUUUUACACAGGCAGA